CUUUAACUCCUGGAGCUCCGCAGGAGGCGGAGAGGCUGCGGGAGAGUGGCGGAGGAUAUACAAAGUGGAAGCCAUUUGUAUGUCUUCACAUAUAGCCAAAGUAUCUCAGCUAAACUGGACUGAAUGGCCCGCUGAAGUCACUCCUGAGUAACAGAAACCAUCCUCUGAAUGAAAAGGCAUUUCGAGAUCUAAAACAUUCCUUGGGAUUACUCUAGAGGCAGAGACAGGAUGGAGACACAGCUUUUAGCAAGUGAGACAACUGAAAAAGGCCCUUCUGCUGUUCAGGAUGGAAGCUGUGGGGACAUCGGGGUAAGAACUGGGCAGAAGAUCCUGGAGGACGAAGCCAUCAUCUGUUCACAAGUUCAGCCCUGCAACUUCAGGAGCCUCCAAUACCAGGAGGCUGAAGGUCCCCAAGGACUUUGCAGCUGGUUCCACAACUUUUGUAGGUGAUGUCUGAGACCAGAUAAGCACUCCAAAGCCCAGAUGCUGGAUCUGGUGGUUCUGGAGCAGCUCCUGGCUCUUUUGCCACCGGAGAUGGAAAGCUGGGUGAGGGCAUGUGGAGCAGAGACCAGCUCCCAGGUGGUAGCCCUGGCUGAAGGCUUCCUCCUGAGCCAGGCGGAGGAGCAGAAGGAGCAGGUCGAGUUGCAGGUGUGAAGCCUUCAUCUAGGGAGCUCAGAAAUUGUUUAAAAGGAAUAAAGAAUGUCUUUGAAUUUUUAUUCCUCUCUUCCUGAUUUCUCUGUCAUUCAUAUUAUGUGACGAUGAAUUCUUGUAGACAUUGUACCGUUAUUCAUUGUAGAUUUGAGACAACCUUUCCUUUCUUUACUCAGUGUCACCGAUGGAUUUUGUGGGCUAGGAAAUUGUUUUCAGAGAACAAGAAUCUAGUUGAUGUGUGAUGUCCAUUAAUUAUGGCUUCCCUCCUUCUGCCUGUAUUUCAAGCCCUUCUUUGUGGAGAUCAGGGAUCCUGAGGAAAGGAAGAAUCCAACACAUCCCCCUCUGGAAAGGUUCUCUCAAGAAGAUCCAAGUCAGGACACGGGAGGUGGGUCCUGUGUCCUUCGAGGAAGUAGCUGUGUAUUUCUCCGAGGGGGAAUGGUCCCAGCUGGAUCCUGAUCAAAAAGCGCUGCAUUGGGAAAUCAUGCUGGAAAAUCAUAGGAACAUGGCCUCUCUGGGUAAUGAUGGGCAGGAGAAUAAAGAUUCCGGUGAACCGUUUCAAGUGAUCAUUGCUGGAGACAGAAUGGAGACAUCUGCAAUUGGAAUGGAAAUAGAAAGAGAUGAGAAAAACCAGCCUGACAGCUGGAAUUAGGAAAGUUCAAGUGUGAAGCAUAUCAAAGAUGAAU